AUGGCCUCGCGAAGAAGUUCCAGGCUUCAGGGCCGAGCGGCAAUUGAACCGGCCGAUCCGGCACCAGCUCCAGACCUCACGGUUCAACCAGCGAAGCGCAAAGCUUCAGCAUCCAAGAUAGACGCCUUGUUUCCGCCCAAGGCAAAGCAAGCAAAGCCUCCCAAGGCCCAGGCUGGCAGUAAAGCAAGAAGUACCAAGAAAUCAGCAGUGCAGCCCGUCACUUCGGCCCUUCCACAGGAAGUAUUCGACCUGAUCCUGGACCAGAUAACUGAUCCAUCCACCAUUGGCAAAAUGGCUCGCACCUGCAAGAAAUACCACGCCAUCAUGAUCCCCCGCCUGCAUCAACGCGUCGCCGUCACCGCCAUGUUUCACGCACACAUCCAGAAGCUUAUCCAGUCCAUUGAACCCUACCUGUCCAUAUCUCAAAUGAAGGCCCUGAAGAAGCAAGGGAAAUACAAGGGCCAGCAAGAAACCUACUCCCCCCAUCUUGCCGAGCACCAAGUGCCUGAGUGUGCAUCCUUUGUUCGGCAAAUGAUCAUCGGCGUGUGCGACCCGGGCCGCAAGCACGAGCACAUUGUCCACGCUUAUCUAAACGAGGCCUUCAACAAUAUGAGGAAUCUGCAGAUUGUGGAGACAAUGCUCAUGACCAAGUCGAUUGCCCAGAACCUGGCAUCAAUGGAGCAUCUGCAGGCUCUGAGCAUUGACUUGAGCAAGUUCGACUCCGACGCUAGGCCCUUUCUCAAGAAAAUCAAAAACCUCAAGCAUUUGAGCGUCACGGACAAUUCCUUCUUGAGCCUCAACCAACACGAUCUGAUCCCUCAGAUCAUCGUCAACUCAAGAGCCACACUCCGCAGCUUGAUUGUUAUCAAACCAGACUUUGGCAGCACGCCCACACCAAAGGCACCCGCAAAAGGCCAUGAGUUCCCCAAUCUCAAGUCCCUAUCGCUCGGGAGAACCAAUUUUGACAACGACUUCUCCAAGUGGCUGCAACGCUCAAUCAAUUUCAUGAGCCUGCGUGAGCUAUACCUCCAGCCUCUGGGCGACGGUAAAGCCUCGUUCUUUGACCAUCUGGCCACCCUGGCUGCUUCCAAGGCCUCCUCGGAGAUCGCCCUACGAACCCUCUUUGUGGACUUGUCGGAUGGACACAGCUUCUUGGGGGCGCCAGAAUCGUCUCAGCUGGUCUUCGACGCUAAAAUCAACUUCCUCUCCUCGUUCGACACGCUGACGUCCCUGGAGCUGAGUGACUACAACCAGCACAAGAUCGAUCUUCCCAACCCUGGCAUCCCCGAUACCGUUCUAAACGCCAUCCUGAAGCACAAGGGCCUCAGGACCCUGAAAAUGUCGUACGUCGGCCUCGUUUCUGGCUGCAAGGUUCCCUGUGUCCCUGCGGCAACUCUCACCGCUAUGCUAGACGGAUUGCCUCUGCUGGAAGAAAUCCACUUCGCGCCAGAACUAGAUGAGCUUGACGAAAUCAGCCGCGUCCUCGCUCGUGGUGCCAACUUGAAAUCCAUCACCUGCUACCCGGUUGACCCACCGGGAGUCCUUCGCUCAGAAUCGUCAAGCGAGACGGUUUUGAAAAGCAUUCUCCAGGCUUCCCUGUCCCACAAUGCAGAUGCCAGCAGCAGCAAGGGGCCAUUCGUUUGGGAGGACCACACCAAGCUCCGCGAGAUCUCGGUGGUCCUCAGAUCAUGGCAAGCCAAGUCGCAUUUUGUCGGCAGGACUCCCAAGGGCGCCAAGAAGCCAGAGAUGUUCACGAGCCAGGGCAGGGGCGUCAUGUAUCGCGAUGUGUCUUGGGCAGUGCCGAGCGGGAUCAACCUUGGUUUCGAUCCCACGCACCCAUGGGUUGAGAAAGUGGCUAGAGACAUGGAUUGA